UAACACGCAUAAAUCACGGUGGCCCCGGUAGAGUUUACUCAGUGCGCAAUCCGCGUCCCAGAAAGACCCCUCUUCCCUCUCCCUCUGUAUGUAUAUAUCCGAGGUAUUUGAUGCCCAAAAACAAACCAUGCACUCAUUUCUACACGCGAUGAGCAGAAGAAUCAUUCUGCUCUCACUUCUCUUUCUCGUACUAAGCGAGCACCGGCGCAUCUCCACCGUCCAUGCCGCCAGCAGUGUUCACAUCGUUUACAUGGGAGAGAGGCAGCACCACGAUCCAAUGGUCGUCUCCAACUCCCACCUCGACAUGCUUGCUUCAGUCCUUGGAAGCAAGGAAGCAGCUUCUGAAUCAUUAAUAUACAGCUAUCGGCAUGGUUUCUCCGGGUUCGCAGCCAAGCUGACCGAGUCACAUGCACAAACAAUUGCAGAGUUCCCUGGUGUGGUACAUGUGACACCUAAUCGUUUUCACAAGCCGCAUACAACUAGAAGCUGGGAUUUCCUCGGCCUUGAUCUUCAUUCUCAGACAAAUCUCUUAUCUGGGAGCAACAUGGGCGAUGGAGUUAUCAUUGGGGUUGUGGAUACAGGAAUUUGGCCAGAGUCAGAAAGCUUCAACGAUAAAGGACUGGGACCGGUGCCAUCUCGUUGGAAAGGUGUCUGUCAGAGCGGCCAACGUUUCAAUUCCACCAACUGCAAUAGGAAGCUAAUAGGAGCCCGUUGGUACAUUAAAGGAUUGCAGGCGGAGCUGGGAAAGGACCUCAAUAUUACCGGAGUUGACUACUUAUCCCCAAGGGAUGGAGAAGGCCAUGGUACCCACACAUCGGCCAUUGCGGCUGGUUCCUUGGUAGAGAAUGUAAGUUACAAAGGGCUCGGCAUAGGGACUGCCAGAGGUGGUGCACCUAAGGCUCGACUGGCAAUGUACAAGGUGUGUUGGAGUACUACGCUGUCGAAUUUCUGCUCUACUUCGGCUGAUAUACUCAAAGCUUUCGAUGAUGCCAUACAUGAUGGGGUGGAUGUGUUGUCCUUGUCAUUGGGCCCUUCUCCUCUUUCCUUGUACUUUGACGUUGAUGAACGUAAUGGCAUUGCUGUCGGCGCGUUUCAUGCAGUCGCAAAGGGGAUCACUGUAGUUUGCGCGGCAGGAAAUGACGGCUCUGUAGCUCAGACGGUGUCAAACACAUCCCCAUGGGUCAUAACGGUUGCAGCUAGCUCAAUUGAUCGGGCUUUUCCCACAGUCAUUACACUUGGAAACAAUCGAACCAUAACGGGGCAAGGCAUGUUUACUGGAAAUAAGGAAAUUGGAUUCGUGGGCUUGGUAUAUCCACUGGAUGCUGGUGAAGUCGUACUUACUACUGCUAGUGCCGCUAGUCUUCUUUCUGCAGACGACAUAACCAUAGCUGGAAAGGUUGCCCUCUUUUUUGGGAGCAGUCCCAUAUUAGAGUAUGCAGUGAAGGAUGCUGGAGGUGUCGGCAUCAUAUUUGCCAGGAAUCCGAGUAUUCCGGUCUCUCCCUGCAGUGAGCUACCAUGCAUUGAAGUAGAUCGCGAGAUUGGGAUGCAGUUGCUCUACUACAUUCGUUCUUCCAGGUCUCCAUUGGUAAAGCUGAGCCCUUCCAAAACACUUGUGGGCAAGCCCUUGUCGACCAAGGUCGCAUUUUUUUCGUCCCGAGGACCUAGUGCCAUAGCACCGGCUAUUUUGAAGCCAGAUGUUGCUGCCCCUGGUGUCAACAUCCUAUCUGCAGUUCCGUACAACUCAUCAUACGGUGGCUACCGUUUCCUUCGAGGGACCUCCAUGGCAUGUCCUCAUGUGUCCGGUAUUGUCGCACUGCUAAAAUCCAUACACCCGCAAUGGUCUCCGGCUGCCAUAAAAUCAGCAUUGGUCACUACUGCAUCAACAAGCGAUGAGUCUGGUGGGCCCAUCUUUGCAGAUGGGUACCCUCGAAAGGUCGCCGAUCCCUUUGAUUAUGGAGGAGGUAUAGUCAAUCCAAAUAGAGCAGCGUAUCCGGGCCUCAUCUACGACAUGGGCAUGGAGGACUACCUUCAUUACCUUUGUUCCAUGGGCUACACUAACUCUGCUAUCUCAAGAUUAACACAAAAUUCCACUGUCUGUCCGAUCGAUCCACCCUCCAUCCUAAAUCUGAACCUUCCAUCCAUUACUGUCCCCAACCUGAAUACCUCUAUAACUAUCUUGAGAACAGUCACUAAUGUUGGCCCAGUCAACUCGGUGUACAAUGCAUCCAUAGAACCACCACCCACCAUACAUGCAACCGUGCAACCACACAUUUUGAUCUUCAAUUCAACAGCCAAGAAGCUAUCUUUUACGGUCACGUUGUCAUCGACACGCAAGGUGAUUGGUGGAUACUACUUCGGAAGCCUUACUUGGAGCGAUGGAGUGCACACGGUUAGGAGUCCGAUUUCAGUGAAGCCUGAGAUCAUACCAUCUUAUGUAGAUAAUUCAUAAUCAGACGGCUGAAAUUGAAGACUUUUCCAUUUUAAUAUGGGCUGCGUAUUAUGGAUGAAGAACUUUUAAUUGGCAUCUAUAUGAAUAUACGAAGGUUUAUUUAGAGAUAA